AUGAAGAACAAUACAGAAGUGACUGAAUUCAUCCUGCUAGGACUAAUCAAUGCCCCAGGACUGCAUAGCUCCCUCUUUGUAAUGUUCAGUCUCAUUUAUCUCAUCAAUGUGGUUGGAAACCUGGGGAUGAUCGUCUUGAUUCUCUUGGACUCUUGUCUCCACACUCCCAUGUACUUUUUCCUUAGUAACUUGUCUCUGAUGGACUUUUAUUAUUCUAUGGCUGUCACUCCCAAAGUCAUAGCUGGGUUACUUAUAGGAGACAAAGUCAUCUCCUACAAUGCAUGUGCUGCUCAGAUGUUCUUUUUUGUAGCCUUGGCCACCGUGGAAAAUUUCUUCUUUGCAUCAAUGGCGUAUGACCACUUUGCAGCAGUAUGUAAACCACUACAUUACACCACCAUCAUGACAACAAGUGUGUGUGUUUGUCUGGCCAUAGGCUUCUACAUCUAUGGUUUCCUGAAUACCUCUCUUCACAUCAGGGACAUGUUCAGUCUCUCUUUCUGUGUGUCCAAUCUGGUCCACCACUUUUUCUGUGACAUUCCAGCAGUCAUGGCUCUCUCUUGCUCUGACAUUAGCCAUAUUAAUGAGCUGAUUCUUGUUUUUAUGGCAAGCUUCAACAUCUUUUUUGCUCUCCUGGUUAUUUUGAUUUCCUACCUGUUCAUAUUUGUCACCAUCCUGAAAAUGCACUCAGCUGAGGGAUAUCAGAAGGCUUUAUCCACCUGUGCUUCUUACCUCCCUACAGUCUCCAUCUUCUACAGGAAAGUCUUCUUUAUGUACUCACAGCUCAGCUCCAGUCAUUCCAUGGACACAGACAAAAUUGCAUCUGUGUUCUAUACUAUGAUCAUCCCCAUGCUCAACCCCCUGGUCUAUAGCUUGAGAAACAAGGAGGUUAAAAAUGCAUUAAAGAAGGUUCUUGAGAAGGCACAAUUGUCUCUAGGCUUCACCUUUUGA